UUUGUAUCAGAACCCCAAAUACAGGCUGGACACUCAAGAUGUUGCGCCGUCAAGCCCGUGAGCGACGAGAUUAUCUCUACCGGAGAGCUCUAACCCUCCGCGAUGCCUCUAUCGCCGAAAAGCGAGCUCAACUGAAGGCGUCGCUGGCCUCCGGCAAACCCCUCGAUCCCUCUAUCGCCAAUGACAAAUCCCUGCGCGAAGACUACAAAUACGAUGAAUCGCUAGACAGUGCAGACAAGGACGCCGACAAAGUGGACUUGGACGACGAAUAUGCGCUCACCUCGGGUAUCGCCGACCCUCGCCCUAUUGUCACAACUUCUCGCAGCCCUUCUGUCCGCCUCGGUACCUUCGCCAAAGAAAUCCGUCUGCUCCUGCCCACCGCGAUCCGUCUGAACCGUGGUAAUCUCGUCCUGCCCGAUCUCGUCUCGAGCGCGACCGCCGCAGCGCUGACCGACAUGAUCCUCCUGCACGAACACCGUGGUACGCCUACGGCGAUGACCAUCUCCCACCUGCCACACGGCCCCACGGCCAGCUUCUCCCUUCACAAUGUCGUUCUCCGUGCCGAUAUCCCCGACGCGGCUCGCGGAACCGUCUCCGAGAGCUACCCGCAUCUCGUCUUCGAGGGGUUUACAACCAAGCUGGGUCUCCGUGUGGUGCAAAUCCUGAAGCACCUGUUCCCGCCCCGCGAGGAUGGCAAGGUUGGCAAUCGGGUCGUCAGCUUCGUGAAUAAGGAGGACAGUAUCGAGGUGCGACACCACGUUUUCGUCAAGACCGGAUAUCGGGAUGUGGAGCUGGCGGAAGUUGGCCCUCGCAUGACCAUGAGGCUGUUCGAGAUCCGUGGAGGCUCCCUGGAGAAGGGAUCUAGCGGUGAUGUGGAAUGGGCCCUCACGCAAUACACGAGGACAAGCAAGAAGAAGGAUUAUCUCUGAGCAUGAGGAUCGGUCAGCUAGCAUUUUCGCUGUCAAGCACGAAAGGCUACAGGAAAAGUUUGAUUUGGCGCAAAGAGGUGUUAGAAGGAGCUUCCUGGUCGUAUGUUCGCACCGUUGGCAUUUUAGGUCGCUAUUUGUAUACCCAUCUGAAAGAAC